CUUCCCCUCCUCGACCAUGGCCACCUCUGGACGCCUCAGCUUCACGGUGCGCAGCCUCCUGGAUUUACCGGAACAGGACGCUCAGCCCCUGCCGAGGCCUCAGCCAGAGCCACGCGCCCCCCGGCCCGAUCCCUGCGCAGGCUGGCUGGAGUCGGAGCGCAGCCAUUACCCCUCCUCGGAUGAGAGCAGCCCAGAGACCAGCCCUGCAGACUCGCAGCGGUCAUCCGCUCCGCCCGGGUCUCCAGGCUCCGAAGCCGAGAAGAGGAAGAAGCGCCGGGUGCUGUUCUCCAAGGCGCAGACACUGGAGUUGGAGCGGCGCUUCCGGCAGCAGCGCUACCUGUCUGCACCCGAGCGCGAGCAGCUGGCGCGCCUGUUGCGCCUCACGCCCACGCAGGUCAAGAUCUGGUUCCAGAACCAUCGCUACAAACUGAAGCGCGCUCGCGCGCCAGGGGCGGCGGAGCCGCCUGACUUGGCAACCUCGGCUGAGCUGCACGCAGCUCCGGGCCUGCUGCGUCGCGUGGUGGUGCCGGUGCUGGCGCGGGACGAGCACGGGGAGGCUGGCACCGCCGCAGCCCAGGACAAGUGCGGCGCUCCGCCGGCCGCCGCCGCCUGCCCUCUACCCGGCUAUACCGCUUUCGGGCCCGCCUCCGCGCUCAGCCUCUUCCCAGCCUACCAGCACUUAGCGCCCCCCGCCCUGGUCUCCUGGAACUGGUGAGGCCGCCGCGGGUCUCCUGGGGGAACUCCAGACUUUAGAGCGCGCUCUGCGGCUGGAGCAGGGCUGAGGCUGAGUUGCUGUCGCGCUCCUGGCCCGCCUCCCUUCA